AUGUAUGCCACUAAUGAUAAUCAACAAAGGAGGGCCAAUGAUGCUUUAACAUUACUUGUAUCUGAGAUGAUGUUACCUCUGUCUAUUGUUGAGGCUCCAUGCUUCAAGCUUUCUACUGAGACCUUAGAUCCUCGUUUUGUCGUACCCUCCCGAAAGUACUUUACUACAACAUUAAUAUCUCAAAAAGAUGAGGUUAUAAGAGGCAAACACAUUGAUAUUCUUCAUUCCUCGAAAACGGUGUCUCUAACACUUUAUUUGUGGUCCAAUUGUCAAUUGAGAGGAUUCUUGGGCAUUAUUUGUCAUUUUAUGAUAUGUUGGUCCUUAAAAACUGCAAUGCUUGAAUGCAACAGAAUUAAAGGACGACACACAGCAGAGAAUAUAGCUCAGUGCCAUGAUGAGACAAUAACUUUUAAUGACAUACAUAACAAGAUCCUUAAAACAAUAACAGAUAAUGCUGCCAAUGUUGUGAAGCGAUGUCUGCCUGGAAUUGAAAAUUCCCAUGUUGCAGAGUCUGAAUCUGAUGAUGAUGAAGAUGUCGAUGAAACAACAAGUGCUAGUGUUGAUGACGAUGAAAUAAGAGAGUUUGUGACAGAUACAUUUCUGAUGCACGAACAUGAUACUUGCUUUGCUUAUAGCAUCCGAUUGGUAGUAAAAGAUGGUAUGAAAGAAAUGGGUCCAGACAGGAAACUAUUAGGUAAAGCCGCUGCAAUCAUCUCACAUGUUCCAAAAUUCCAAACAGCUACUGAAGUUUUGGAAGGAAGGAUAAGGCUGCAAAGUAGUAAUGCAAUGAGAUGGAGCAGUGAAGUAAUAAGCAUAAAGUUGAUUCUUAGAGUUCCUAAUGACAAGCUUAGGUUAUUGGAUGCUCCACAUUUAACAUUACAUUACAGGAGUUUUCUGCAAGGUAUGGUUGCUGUAGUGUCUCCAUUUCUAGAAGCUACAAAUCUAACUUAA